AUGCCUCACGCUCGAAAUAGGAACCCUAGUCCCAUCCCAGAAGUUACAUGGGACACUGGGCUUAAGGAAAUGAACGAAACGUGGAAGGGGGCUAUCGCCUGCCUCGGCGUGGCAGUCUUCUUCGUUAUGACUAUCGGGAUUAUUUAUUGGCAAGUUGUGGAUCAGCCUAAUAAGAACUGGAUCUUAAGAGGGACUUUCAGCGGACUGAUUUGGGAGAGGAGCACCCACUCUCUCGUUAUACAGACACUGACCGAGAACAAGACCUUUGUGGAGAUUGGCGUGAAGAACAUCGGGAACCCCGAAGCUGACGUUCCAUUUGUCCGAAACCUGUGCUGGCUAAACAAAACAGAAUUCUGUUACACCUGGGAUUCAGUUGCAGACAUCAAGAUAUCUUUGGAAUCAGAUGACGCGUCGCAGACCGAGUGCUACAACAUUACCUGGACGCCGCGGAGUUGUCAUAUGGAUUUAGAGGACUGUUUCUCUAUGGUUAAUGUCUCCUGGUACGGUGGAGCAAGUGUCCAGGCGCAGAACUGGCCAAUAAACAACGCCUCUGUGUCAAUGCGACCUUUUGUGGUGAGCGACCUUCAAGAUGACCCCUCAGGGUAUGGAUCGGUCUUGGAACGCUACUUCCUGGGGUCGACAGGCGUGGCCGUGCUGGUGGACCCCGAGGUGGCCCUACACGUGAGCUUUGAGCGCAUGCAGCAGUUCUGUCUGCGCACGCCCCGCAGCAUGGAGCGGCUUCCCCUCAAGUACACCGUGUGCGUGGGCCCAAACCUCAAGGCCGUGCACCAGAAGAUGUGGCGUCCCCACCCCUCACACAAACCAGCGCUGCCCAACAUGGACACCCUAUGGCUGCCGUUCUGGAAGUUGCUUGUGAACGUGGACUCUGGCGUGAAGCUGGAGAGGGAGCUACGGACCUUCUCCAACCGGCUGAAAAGACACCGCCUGGGAGAGGGAGUCAUCAGCCUCACGGAACAUUCCACGUCUCUCCUCUCCGACAUGGUGGACCAUGAGUACCUGUACGGUAAGAAGAAAGUCUCUGAGGGACCGACCAGGGAUCUGACGCUAAUGAGGCUCCUGAACAUCUCCGUCACCCUGUCUCCGUUCCUGGGGGUAGACAGCCAGCAGUUCCAGGCCUCCCUGGAGGACGGCACAGAGGCGUACUGGCUCAGUUUGCCUGCAACCCCGCAGGGUCACCUGGCGCCCCUGCUGACGCAGUGGAAGGAGAAGUUCUGUGUGAAGUUGAACGUCAGCAACCCGGCAGCGGUCUCCUGGUUCACUGAGUGGGUGACCAGCCUGCGCUCCCAGCUGAGCGUGGAGUACCUGGUCCUGGAGGGAGGGGAGAGGAACCCGUUUGAGGAGCACGGCCUACGCCCGCCAGAAGCCCUGGCCAGGGACAAGUACAUCCAGCUCCUGGCGGAAAUGGCGACCAGGAUCGGCAACUCGGCCAUUGUGACCGCCGGAACACGGUCGAGCCACAUGGCCCUGUUCGUCAGCAUGGUCCCGCUCAGCAGUGACUGGAGCCACACAGGGCUGAAGAGCCUUAUUCCAUCGGUCCUGCACUACAGCCUGCUGGGCUACAGCUUCUUCAUUCCUGAUGCAGUAGGUGGCUCGACCUCGAAGGAGCUCAUCACUGAUGAGGAGCUCUUCAUCCGCUGGCUGCAGAUUGUCUCCUUUCUCCCUGUCAUCUCCUUCCAGACUCCCCCCUGGGUGUACGAUGAGGACAGGGUCUUGAACCUUACCAGAAUCUAUAUAGCCAAGCACCAGGACUUUGUAGUUCCCCUCAUUCUGAAGUACGCAGAGGAAUGGAAAACCAGCAGGAAUCCAGUAUACCGCCCCCUCUGGUGGGUCAGUCCCGAUGACCUCAACACAUUCACCAUCGAUGAUGAGUUUCUGAUAGGAGACGAGGUCCUUGUAGCACCAGUUACAGAGAGGGGUGCCACCCAGAGAGACAUUUAUUUACCAGGAAGCAGUUUUCAGUGGCAGGACGUGAGUAACACCCAGGUCUUUGAUGGAGGGACGUGCCUGAAGGAUUACCCAGUUGGUCUUGAAGAAGUGGCAGUUUUCAUACGAAGGAAUUCUUGAAGCAACCGGAACAGUUUUGUUAGUGUUGUUCUUCCACACGUGCUGCUCUGAUUGUACUUUCCUCAAGGACUAUCAACAGAACUUGAUAUCAAUUUUGAAAAUUUAGAAGAUUUUUAUACUUGCACUUUAGAAUUCUAUAUUCUAUAUUCAAGGAAUUUUGCCAUUUUUUUAUGGAAGAAAACUGAGCAAUUUCAUCACUCUGUGGUUUUAUGGACUUUUUCUUACUUUUUGCUGCUUUUUUGCAUUUACAGGUACAAAAAUGUGUUUACAUUUGAUUGAUUUUUACAGUCCUUAAAUGUUGACCACUACAAAUGCCCAUCUAAUGGAGUAACAAAGUAUACCAUUCAUUUGCUUAAAAAGUUGAUGAAUUUUAAUAAUUAAUAAGACCAAAUUGGAGAGGAAAACUUCUCUGCUGAAGAAGAGCCAGGAAAACCACAUGUGCAUAUGUGGACUCAAACUCUCUUCUCCAUUCUACAUUUGAAAAAUUUACCUCAACUUAAAUAUGUGUUUAGUGUUCUUUAUCUUUUAUUAACGCACACUCUCAAUUAACACUUCAAAAUUCUUACUCCAAAUGUCUUGAAAGCACUUAAAAAUGAAAACAUGAAGUGUAUCCCACGUGUGUGGUACUGCAAAUGAUGAUGACUGGCUUUAGGACGGGACUGGUUAGAACAAUAUGAGAUAAACUCCAGUGGGCUUUGAGCCUUUUUUGUGUCCAAUCACAUCCUCUAGAAUUGCUUUACACAUCCUUUUUUUUACUUCCCAGUGUCUUUCUUUCUGUCUUCUGGAGGAAACGCACAAGACUGACUCCUGUCGGAGCUGACGCACUGUCUCUGGUGAUUUACCAGGAUGCAAGAUACUCAAGAUACUCAAGUUAAAAAUAUAUUCUGCUGCUCCGCUCCAUUGCAAAGCUGCUUGUGUGUAUGUGCACCAUUGUUUUACUAGAAAACGUAUGAGUUUGUAAAGAAAGUCGUGCAGGAAACAGCACAGGAUCUCUGUAUUAACCAGAUGGUCAACUCCUGCAUUCCGUCAGACCUGCCUACUCCAGGAGGUUGGUACUUGGUAACAAGAGUUUCUGGUGCUACAUUACAGUUUAUCAGAUACUAAUGAAGGGGUGUGCCCAAGCACUGUACAAUCAUUUCUGCCUGUGUUUUGUGGUCACAUCCUCUUCAUUAGUAUUCACAAGAUGUGUCAAAUUCUUAUGUUGAAAUUUUUACAGCAGACAGAAGGACCUUUUAGUGUUAAGAAUAUAGAGUCGACCGCCUAGUUAGUCUAUAAUCUAGCUAGUUCACAGACUACAAGUGACUACGGCUCAAGGCUGGCAGUUGACUGAGACAUUGAGGGACACCAUGCAGCUGAACUGUAAGCACCUGUGAGAACUGUACCAUACAAAGCAUCCAUGACUCGCAUAGCCAACUUUGUCACAUGAAAGAGGUUACAAGGUCACAUGUCAUGAGGAGGAUGCAUUGCCCAUCAACAGCAUGAUUCAGCUGCUUAGAAACCUUUAGUGUACAACCAUAAAAAUUUCAAUGACAAAAAAAAGAACCGCAAAUGCACUGUGUGCAUUUACAGAGGAAGGCCCAGAGACACUGAAUGGACAGUAUUUGAUUGUAUGUUUUGCUUUUAACUUUAUUCAUAGCAAUAAGUCAUAGCAGUUUUUUAUGUUAUAUUGAUUUUUUUUGUAUUUAUAUGCAUACCGUGGCUCUUUGAUAUAUUAUUCAUGGCAAUUCUGCAGUAGAAAGUCUGGGUAUGCAGUUUCAAUACAUCUUUUCAUUGAUGGUUUCUUGCGAUAUGAGGUGCAUCUUAUCAAUAAGCUGGAAACCCCUGAAACAAAUGAAAAGAUUAAAUCUUCUGUAUUGCGUUUCACGUUUUUUAAGAAUUAAACCAAAACAGAUUUGUUGCCCAGAUGUGUUAUUGGGCCAGAUGUUUGAGAAUGCAUCAUUUGUGCUGUGCUCUCCUCACAGUGAGGUCAGUAUGCUUCUGCCUCACACUGAAAGCUCCAGACCAUUUCAGGGUUCCCACUAGAGAAGGUGCACUCUCAGCCUCUGUAGACCUUUGAGUGAUGCACUGAGGCGAGGGACUGCCACUGCUUUCGGUCUGGAUAUACACAGCAGCGAAUUCAGCCUCUGGGUUGGGUGCUGGGUAAUGCCCACUGAAUGUCCAUGAUUGCAUACAAAACAGACAGCAAUAAUGAAAGCAGAGCAAGUCCUUUCCUUUCCUGCAGUGAGUCACACGUGAUGCAGUCCUGACCACAAAAAAGGAGGAAAUCUUUGCUUAUUUUGUGGUUGUAAUACAACAUUUUGAAAUAUGUAUAGGGCAAGGUAAAUUUUCCCAGAUUUCUGCAUACGUGUUUAUUACAUAGCUUUAAGUUGACCCUGAAGUCAAAAGUGUUACUGUGUAACUAUUAAACGUGUUUGUGAUGCUGCAAAAUAAUAAUACCACAAAUGAAAUCAUAUGCAAUCACACAACAUUCAGCCUGUUUAAACAGAAAGUCAGUUUUCCACUCUACUGUGGCAUGUCACUGAUUUCCUCUGUAAUGUAUGCUCUGUGUUUUGUUUAUUAUCUAAAAGUUAUUUUUCCAUAAGUAAAGCUGUCACACAUUUUAGAAAUAGUCAGAUGGAUUAAUCUGGCCUGAUUCAAAUGGCCCUCUGUGACCUGAACUGGAUAAUUAAAACACAUUGUAUGUUUACUGUACUUACAGAUGACUCAGGUUCUGCAGCUCUUUUGUUAAAAAAAAGAAGAAGAAGAAAUUAAGGAAAAAAACACAAAAAAAUCAACACUCAUGUCUUAUGUUUGAAUUCACUGGGUUGAACUUCAAUGUCUUAAUAUAGUUCUGGUAAACAUAGUUUUGAAAAUAAAAUUAUGUUUUCCAUAAUACUUUCUUCCAAAACAAACUGUAUAAUUGCAUUUUUAGUGAGCAUACUAUUUCCUGCUUGUGGUUACAUUUUGGAUAUCCCUUCUGAAAAUUUUGCGAGCAUUAUCUGAGAGGCAUGAAUGCUGAAGUGCACAAAUUAAAAACAGCAGUGGCGGCUCCCAUGAUCCUUUGCCUGUGUUAUUAAAUGUUCAUUUUUUCUGUAAAUCAACAGUCAU